AUGCGGUCUCUUGCAUGGCUCCUCUCCCUCCCAAUAGUGGCCGAAGCAGGUGAAGUCCUGUGGAGCGGAUUCUUCAACGCCUCCGCGACCGCUGCCGACUUCGACAAAUGGUCGUGGUCCAACCAAGUUGGCGAUUGGCAGUGGUAUAUCCACGGCAGUGCCUCGACAGAAACGUACCUGGGUCUCUCACCUGAUAACAAGAACCCUGCCGAUAGCAGUGAUGAACAGGGCAUUCGGAUCACGAUUGUAGGUCCUAUCUCAAGCUCGAGGGAACUAGAAGCUGACAACAGUCAGGACGGCACGUCGUUCUGGAAUGGACAAACCAUGGAACGAUCUGAGAUCAUUCCCCAGACCAAGGCGGAUCUCGGAAGCGGGCAUCUGUUCUACCAUUUCUCACUGAAAACAGAAGACACGAAUGCACCGAAUCCGAACUUCGAACAUCAAAUCGCGUUCUUCGAGAGCCAUUUCACAGAGCUCAAAUACGGCACUAUGAGCGGCGCUUCCGGCAAAGACAACACCCUCCGCUGGUGUGUCGGUGGAGUCUCGAAGUGGGAAACGGACUUGGAAGCAGGGAAGUGGUACAACUUCGCCUACGAGAUCGAUUUCGAUGCAAAGACUGUUGGACUGUGGGCAUCGAAUGGGGCCGAUGACCUAAAGCAGGUUGUCUCGGCCGUUAGUGCGUCAACUUCGACAAACUCCGCGGAUUGGCAUGUCGGCGAGUUGCGCCUCGAUAAUGGGGGUUUGAAUGCGGCUGCGGAGGAUUGGUUUUGGUCUGGCAUCUUUGUGGAGGAGGCUCCGAUUACUCCUGGUAUUUCCGGUCCUGCAUGA